GACAGAGAAAAGCUUUUCAGAUUGCACCUUUGUUUAUAUACAUCAAGUGAAACUAUUAUUUUAAUAUAGGGAUAACUAGGGCGAUUGGUGCGAUGCAGCCGAACAAACUCAAAAUAUUGAUGAUCGGACCUUCGGAGAGUGGCAAAACGAGUAUAGCCAACUUCAUAUCGGAUUCGAUGAAUGUCGAGGAAGUUGAGUCACCUCGACCCACUCAAGGUGUCAGAAUAGUGGAAUUUGAACUUCCUAAUCUGAACAUUAAUGGAAAAACUAUAAACAUUGAUAUAGAACUAUGGGACUGCAGCGGUGAUCAUAGGUUUGAAUCAUGCUGGCCAGCAUUGAGGGUCGGCGUUCAGGGAGUGGUAUUAGUAUGUUCCCCCAACACUGCCCAAGCAGCAGCAAGAGAAAUGGAACUUCUCUAUAAUUAUUUCGUGUCACAGCCGAAAUUGUCUGCAAAACAGUGCGUUUUAUUCUACAACUGCACAGACGAUCAAGAAGAAAUGGAUUCUUUAAGCCUUUCUCCUACGUUUUCAAAGGUGUCUCAAGUUGCAAUUAAUUUAAAAACAGGUGGUAAUCGUUUAAAAAUAGACUUCGCCAGUUAUAUAACAUCAGUUUUGCAAUCAAUCAAUAAAGAGAACUCGUAACCUUA